AUCUGAAGCCUGUAACAUCUCCGCCAUCCGCCUGAAGGCUCGAAGCACGACGCCAAUGGCCUCCCCCAACGCCGACCCGGCUCAGCACCACGCCUCGACGCCGCCGCUCCUCCUCGCCGUACGCCACCUGCCGUUCCCCGGCGUCCACCGGACGCGCGCGCUCCCCGGCCCCGACGUCCUGACCCCUCUCGCCCGCCGCCUCGAGGAGCUCGCGUCCGCGGCGACCUCCCACCCGCUCCUGAAGCCGCUCUUCGCCGCCCACUCACACCUCUCUUCCUUCUCCCAGGGCAGGAGGCGGCUGGUGGCGGCGCGGCGUGCGACGGUGCUGUCCGGGGGGCACUGCUUCGCGGCGGUGCUAGGGAACUCGGUGGCCGGGUUGGUGGUGUCCAACGGCAUCAACAACUUCCUCAACCUCUACAACACGGUGCUCGUCGUCAGGCUCGUGCUCACGUGGUUCCCCAACACGCCGCCCGCCAUCGUCGCGCCUCUCAGCACGAUAUGUGACCCGUACCUGAACAUCUUCCGGGGCAUCAUCCCGCCGCUCGGGGGAACGCUGGACCUGUCGCCGAUCCUCGCUUUCCUCGUCCUCAACGCCUUCACCAGCACGGCGGCCGCGCUUCCGGCGGAGCUCCCGAGCUCGGCAGCGGCGCAGCACCACCAGAGGACUGCUGCUUCAUCCAGCUCGGCGACUCCCAGUCCCAACCAGAGGAAAUGGAUGCGGAGAAUGCGAUCAAAGACAUCACAGGGAGAAGAUGGUGGUCACUAGGCAUGUGAGCUUGUGGCUGGGUUCGUCAAAUGCCUUAUUGUUACCAGCUGGGGAUCAUGCUUCGCAUCAGACGCUCGAGAUCUGCACAGCAAUGUGUUGGACAUGCAUGCUCCUCGCUCUCUAGCCAUCGAAUGCAAACUCUGUCAAUGCCGCAUGCAGAGUUCGCCCCUUUGGUUCACCACGUUGCUUCAGAGCUUCAAAUGGUUUUUGUGCGUUGUAAUGCGUUGGCGUUGCGGAGCUUUCUUCAAAUGGUUUUUGUGCUUUGUAAUGCUUUGGCGGUGAGGGCUGUGCUUUCUGCUGCAUGUAUGUGUAGCACUUUCGGUCAGCUUUCUUGAAUUCCGAUAGUGUGAUCGCGAUGCGUAGCCAAAUUCAGUCUUGAGAGAGUACCAAUCGAACUUUCA